AUGGCGCACAAACAUUCACUUGAGACGUUGAACAGGACGUUAAAAGAUAUCAAAAACAACGACAAACUAUUUGGCGGCACUCUAUUAGUCCUUUCAGGUGAUUUCAGGCAAACACUUCCCGUCAUUCCACGUUCAACAUACGCUGAUGAGAUUAAUGCUUGCUUAAAAUCAUCUACACUGUGGCGUAAUGUUGAAAAAGUACAGCUGAAAGUAAAUAUGCGCGUUCAAAUGCUUCAAGAUCCAUCCGCUGAAACAUUCUCAAAACAACUCCUAGAUAUCGCUAAAGAUGGGCUAACAAAAAAUAUUGUUCACGCUGCAUUAAGAGACUGA